AGAGCAAUAUUAAAUCGGGCCCUACAGAGGUUUAUUAACCGUCCAAAUUGAAAAAGCAUGAAAUAAGUCCUGUCAUGAUAAUAAUUUUUAGUUUAAUACAUGUUGUGGUUAGAUUAUAAAUACCGAUGGAGCUGAAUACCAACCAGUAUCAACAUCAUCAAAUUCUUCUUCUGAGUCUCAUCAUCUUAUUAUUAUUAUUUAUUAUUGAUUUAUAAGUUUAAAUUUAUUCAUUUACUAACAAUAAUAUUAUUCAAGAGCGAUGGAAAGUGUGAUAUUAUGUAAGAUUGUUGCACUUAUUAUUUUUGGCUUUCAUAUUGGAAUUGUGUCCGUACAGGCCGGAAGACCCAUCAUCAUGGAAGGAGGAACAAAAACGACAGAGAAAGUUGGGCAAGUAAUGAUCCCCACAAACUCAAACGACAAGAAUGAUAACGGUAAUCACUUCUCCUCAUCAGUGGAUGCCUUUCGACCAGCCAACCCAGGCAAGAGCCCAGGACCCGGAACUAAUAGUAAGACUACUACUAUUAACGCAAACGACAAUAACAAUAAACAAAGUGAACAACAACGACAUGUCGUUUCUGGUAACACAGAUGAUUUUCGUCCUACAGCUCCCGGACACAGCCCUGGCAUUGGCCACUCUCUUCUUGGUCGCAAUUAAUAUAAGAAGCCUACGUGUGUGUCGUGACUCGUGAAUGGAUAUUAAUUUAUACAUGAUGAACCAUAGAUAAUAUAUACCAUCACAGAUUCACACACUACUGCAGGUGUCUUAUAAUAUAUAUAUAUUCAUUGUUAUUUAUUUUUAUUACUUUAUUAUUAUUA